AUGAGCUACAUCAAUACUGAGGAGAAAGGAUCUGCUAGAGUAAUGCAUAAAGACUACAACAACACUGCUGCUGGAUGGGCAAAUGAAUCAAUUGCUAUUGCUGUUGCAGAGUUAUUGGACUCUAUUAACAAGUUAUACGAUAAAAAUCCUGAAAGAUUUGAAAACUCAGAAACUUCAUUUUCUAUUGCUGACUUCGGCUGUGCCACUGGGGGAGCAUCUAUUACACCAUUAAGAACAAUUAUUGAUAGAGUAAGGCAAAUCAACCCUGAUAAAGAGAUUCAUGUUUACCUUGAGGAUCUACCUGAGAAUAGAUUUGAUUUGGCAUUUAUGACUGUUUAAGAAGGAUUGAAAGACUACAAAGGCGUUUUUAUCAUGGCUGCUGGUAAGGAUUUUAGUCAGCAGGUGUUUCCUAAUAAAUUCCUUGAUGUAUCAUUCUCUUCUCUAACAGCUAUGAUUCUGCCCAGUCACCCAGCUCCUUUAGAUGACAAUCUAUUCUUCUUAGUAAAUACAGAGAAUGCUGAAACUGAAAGAGGGUAAAAAUGGAUUGAGGGCCUAACAAAGCAUUGGGCUCAGUUUAUGCACUCAAGAAAAGCUGAACUAAAGAAAGAUGGCUUGCUGUUCGUGACUGUGUCAGUAAACCACAAUCCAAACAAGGACUAUCAGAUAAAAGAGAAUGAAUUCUAUCACGAAUUGGUAUCAUAAGUAGUAAAGAAGGUGCUUGCUAAGUAUAAUGCAGAGGAUAAAAUUGCCUCUUGCAUGAAAACCACUAUCUCCGCUUACAAGGAGCAUUUCCUAGAUGUUUGCAAUAGCAUACCUGAUAUGCAUGUAAUAUCUUCAAAUGAUUUUGAUGUCAAAGAUAUCUUCUACCAUGAAUAUGUAGAAACAAGAGAUUAGAAAACUUUUGGAAAGUACGUUACGGGAUUAAUCCAAGGAUGGUGGGGUGGAGUGCUAGAAGGAGGGCUUGCUCAAUAGGGUAUGGACUAAGAGACCAUUAAAGAAAUUUCGAAAGAAGUUUUUGAAAUUUUACCAGAGUUUGUUGAGAAUCACAUAAAUACCUACCCAGAAUACUACAAUCUUCUCACCUUGGCUGUUGUUAGAACUGAUUGA